AUGAAUCUAGAAAGAGAAUCAGAGGGAGCGAGGGAGGGAGAGAGCAACACACUGUCGCUCCUCACAUCUAAUUGGAUAAUCAUAAUGAUUGCAGCUCAAGCAGUGAUUGUCACAAUAAACAUGUGUACAAUAAACAGAGACUCUGUGUUUAGUUAUAACUAUUGCGUGUUAACUUUGCUGCAUCAAUGGCAUCUAGAUAAAUGGACUAACAAACCUACACAGCUUGGGAAGGUUAAGCAGAAAUUUCAGCAAAUUCAAGAAGCCUAUUCAGAUCAUAGCAUGAGGACAAUGCUGGAGUAUAUGAUCCUGAAGACUAGGAAGUCGAAGGUAAGACACACAGCGUUGAGGAGCUACAAAGUAUGUUUUGGGAGAUAG